CAGCGUCUGGGCCGGCUCCGGGAGCCUCGGUUGUGGUUAGGGUCGGAUUCUCAGCGCCGUGCGGGCCAGGCCCAGGGCUUCGAUUGUUCUGUUCCUACCGUCCAUCCUCUGGCUAGGAGAGAUCUCGAGGGAUUGAGAGGUCUCAGUUUCCGGCCCUGUGCUCGUGACAUCCUGAGUGACCUUGAGCUGGGCACUGUCCCCUUGAAGGGCCUCAUUCCCACUUCGGUUAAGAGGGCUGAUUACGUUUACUGAGGGCAGUGGUCCCUGCUGGUCUGAAACGCUGUGAUUCCUCGAGUCCUCCAGCCCCCGGAUCAUAGGGUGAAGCGGGAGGGGUCGGUGCUGACGAUCAUGUCUGCUCCUAGGACUAAAGACCAGGAGGCUAUUCUCCGCGGUGCUAGGUUGACAUGGAUCCGCUUAGAGCCCAGCAACUGGCUGCGGAGCUGGAGGUGGAGAUGAUGGCGGACAUGUACAACAGAAUGACCAGUGCCUGCCACCGGAAAUGUGUGCCUCCCCACUACAAGGAAGCAGAGCUGUCCAAAGGGGAGUCUGUGUGCCUGGACCGAUGUGUAUCCAAGUACUUGGACAUCCAUGAAAGGAUGGGCAAAAAGUUGACAGAGCUGUCUAUGCAGGAUGAAGAGCUGAUGAAGAGGGUACAGCAGAGCUCUGGACCCGCAUGAGGCCCCAGGCAGUAUACACCUGGGGUGCACCUUGCCACUUACCCGAUUUAAGUGUUCCCUAAUGGGUGUCGUAUGUGAAAACUGUCAUGCUUAGGCUCACUGGAGCGUCUCCAGGACCCCUGGGUGUGGUAGAGCUCUCCUGACUAAAGAAGGGGAAUUUGUCACGCUGGUUUGUGACUGUGUAUGUGUGUAUAUGUAUAUAUCUGUAUUAAAACAGAUUUGUGAAAA